GUUACUGCAAAAAGAUACCUUUUGAUAUUCCCCUCCAUCGUCUCACAGUACCAACAUUAUUAUUAUCAUCAGCAAGAACACAGUAACAGAGAAUCCCAAGAGUAAGAGAAUACCUACCAAGAAGCAUAUUGUGUCCAUUGCUUGCAUUGCUUGCAUUCAACAGACACAUUCCAUCCAGGCCUGGAAUUCACCUCCUUCAACUCCGUACCCCGGCUCAGAACCCCCACCACCUUGCGUCUCCCCCGUCACUGUGAACUCACCGUUGGCUUCGUUUGGUUCGUUUGGUUUGGCAUCAGAUCAGAUCCGGUUACUUCCAUCUUGACUGACAGUAUCGUCUGGUUGCUGACUGCUAGUUGCUUGCUGUGUUGCCCUGGUCUCUGGUCUUGGUCUGGAAGUUCGGCUCUGCUUGCUCUCUACACUAUCCGUAAAGACUGUAGCUGUUGUCUUUAGUCUCUUUCUUGUCUCUGGUCUCGUCUCUGGUGUCUCUGGUGUAUUCCUCUCCAUGGCUGCAUGCCUCCCCCGUAUUCCGUCUUGCGUCUCCAGAUCCCCCGGUCCAGCCCCAGCUCAGUCAGGUCCAGCCUCCAAGCGGUCAACCGUCGUCUUUUAGUCUGUCUUUGUCCGUCGCUUUCUGAGCCUCUAGUCCUUCGUGCCUGCUCUUUCCAUCCAUCCUUUAUUUUUCUUCCCUUACGUUUCUUCUCCUCCUCAUCUACACACCUUCACCUUCGCUUUCGCUACUAUACUGUACAGAGCAUCACCACCCUCACUUCAUCUCAACCCUGGUCAUACGUAGGGUGACAUUUCCCACUUGAGGCUCGUCUGAAUCUUCUGCCCGUCUCCCCCCUCUCGGCCUCUUUCUCGUCUCCCCCUGUUCCUUGGGACUGCCGCUAAGCCAAACUCUACACGUUCCCCGGCACACCACACUCAGCACCACCACCCUCUUUCGAGAGAACAGAACAGAGAACAGAACAGAGAAGGGAACAGUGUAAAGAGACAGAAGAGAGAGAAGACGAGUCAUGGAGCAACACUCCCCCGCGCCCGAGUCGACAGGCGUCAACCCCGCCAACCCCGUGCUGCGAAGCAUCGCCCUGUCGGACGCCGUGACGCCGGGCAUCCACCAGCACACGUACAACUCUGCCGACAGCUCGCGCGCCCAAUCGCCCAGCGGCAGCAGCUACUUUCCUCCCUCCAACUACACCACCCACGAUUCUCACCGCCAACAACAACCUCCCACAAACAUCACGAGCAAUCCCACUUCGUCUCCCGCAAACGCCGCAAACACAGCUGCCUCGAAUACCUCCAAAGUCCCUCCGUCGCCAGGCCCCGGCGACAUCCUCAAGCGCAUGACCCUCGCCGCCAUGGGCCGUCGCGAGUCCCUCUCCCAGAUUCGCAGCGCCAACCCAGACCUCCAGCUGAGCGGCAACAUCAUCUCGGCCACGUUCAACAUUCCCCAUUCCCUCAAGUACCGCAAAGGUUCCGACUGGGAAUUAAAGGCGCGCCGCGGCCAAUCCGCCCUCUUCGACUCCUUUGCCUACCUCUCUUCCGACGAGACCCCCUGGAACCACACCGUCGUCGCCUGGACCGGCGAGAUCGAUACCCCCCAAGACGUCCUCUCGCCGCCCGGCACCCCGCCCGCUACGACUGUACACUUUUCCUCCCUCAACACCCUCUCCGCGCCCGUCCCCAUCGAUGGCGAUGCCCGCCUGCCCACGCCGCCCCCCAGCGAGGGCCUCUGGCUUCCCAAGGAGGACCAGGCCCGCCUCGAGACCCAGCUCGCCCACAGCAAGACCAUCAAGACGGUGCCCGUAUGGCUCUGCGACGACGACGAGCAGCAAGAAGCGGGCGUCCUCCUCAAGGACCAGAGCCGCUGGCGCCGCUACGCCGAACACGAUCUCUAUACUCUCUUCCACUACAAGCAGCACGAGCCCACCGACGGUCGCAAGGAGCGCCUGCAAUGGGCCGACUACUACCGCAUGAACCAAAAGUUUGCCAACCGCAUCAUCGACCUCUACAAGCCCGGCGACAUUGUCAUUGUCCACGACUACUACCUCAUGCUGCUGCCCAGCAUGCUCCGCCAGCGCGUCCCCAACAUGAACAUCUCCUUCUUCCUCCACUCGCCCUUCCCCUCCUCCGAGUUUCUGCGGUGCCUUCCCCGUCGCAAGGAGGUCCUCGAGGGUGUUCUCGGCUCCAACCUCGUCGGUUUCCAGUCCUACAGCUACUCGCGCCACUUCUCCAGCUGCUGUACCCGCGUCCUCGGCUUCCCAUCGGAUAGCGGCGGUGUCGACGCCUACGGUGCGCGCGUUCAGGUUGGCGUCUUCCCCAUUGGUAUCAACGCCGACAAGUGCGAAAUGUACGCCUGGACCGACGCCGUCACCGAAAAGUACGACGCUCUCAAGAAGCUGUACGAGGGCAAGAAGAUCAUUGUCGGCCGCGACCGCCUCGACUCCGUUCGCGGUGUCGCUCAGAAGCUCCAGGCUUUCGAGCGCUUCCUCGAAAUGUACCCCGACUGGCGCGAAAAGGUCGUCCUCAUCCAGGUCACCUCCCCCACCAGCAUCGAGGAGGAAAAGGACGACGAUGGUUCCGAGUCCCGCAUCGCGACCCGCGUCAACGAGCUCGUCAUGCGCAUCAACGGCAUGUACGGCAGCUUGGGCUUCUCCCCCGUCCAGCACUACCCCCAGUACCUCAGCCAGGACGAGUACUUUGCUCUCCUCCGCGCCGCCGACAUUGGCCUCAUCACCUCGGUCCGCGACGGCAUGAACACCACCAGCAUGGAGUAUGUCAUCUGCCAGCGCGAGGGUCACGGCCCCCUCAUCCUCUCAGAGUUCAGCGGUACUGCUGGUAGCCUUAAGGACGCCAUCCACAUUAACCCCUGGGACCUCAGCGGUGUCGCCGUCGAGAUCAACAACGCCCUCACAAUGACCCCCGAGAAGCGCAUGAACAUGCAGGCCAACCUCUACAACCACGUCACCACCCGAAACGUCCAGAGCUGGAUCGAUAACUUCAUCCGCAAGCACGUCCACGUACUCGGCACCCAGAAGAACGUGGCCGCCACCCCUCUCCUCGACCGCGCCACCCUCCUCAAGACCUACCGCGAUGCCGGCAAGCGCCUCUUCAUGUUCGACUACGACGGUACCCUGACCCCCAUCGUCCGCGAGCCCAGCGCUGCCGUCCCCUCUGAGCGCGUCCUGCAGACCCUCAAGGCCCUCGCCAGCGACGAGCAGAACGCUGUUUGGAUCAUCUCGGGCCGCGAUCAAGAGUUCCUCACCCAGCACCUUGGCCACAUUGCCGGUCUUGGAUUCAGCGCUGAGCACGGCAGCUUCAUGAAGAACCCCGGCUCCGACGAGUGGGUCAACCUCGCCGACGAGUUCGAUAUGGGCUGGCAAGCCGAGGUCAUGGCCUGCUUCCAGUCCUUCACCGACAGAGUGCCCGGCUCCUUUGUCGAGCGCAAGCGCUGCGCCCUCACGUGGCACUACCGUCUUGCCGACCCCGAGCAGGGCAUCCACAUGGCCCGCGAGUGCCAAAAGGAGCUCGAGUCAACAGUGGCGCAAAAAUGGGAUGUCGAGGUCAUGGCAGGCAAGGCCAACCUCGAGGUCAGGCCGACGUUUAUCAACAAGGGCGAGAUUGCGAAGCGCCUCGUACACACCUACAACUCGGCGCCCGCGUCCGAGAAACACCCCGGCCCCGUCGAGUUCGUCCUCUGCCUGGGCGACGACUUCACCGACGAGGACAUGUUCCGCGCCCUUAACGGCCUGUCGGGCACCGAGGUCCAGCACGAGCACAUCUUCACCGUUACUGUCGGUGCCAGCACAAAGGUCACUUUGGCGAGAUGGCAUCUGCUGGAGCCCGAGGACGUGGUCGAGUGCGUCGCGUUGCUGGCGGGAGUCGGUCUCGGCGGCGAAGCUCACGAGCACUUUGGCCAGGUCAACUUGGCUGCUCUGAGCACGGUCGAGGGCCACAUUCCCGAGUCGGAGAAGUGACUCAAGAAGAAGCCAAGUAAGCUGUGAUGGAGAAGAAGAGCAUACAGCUGGGGGGGAGUCAUACAGCCGGGAGUAUGGAUAGAAAGCGGCAUUAUUUGAUUUUGGUGUGAUUACCUCAGCCGCCGGUAUUUGCCUUUUUUUUUCACCUGUUUUGAUAUUCACACACACACACACUCGCCGAUGAGCAGAGCGACAAGUCAUCGAGCAACACGGGAGGUGGUUGACACGAGGCAUGAUGCAUGGGCUCAGCAUGGGAGCGGGACAGCCCAAAGAGACGGGCUAGAUGCAUAUAGACUAUAUUCUUAUCCUACACAUUGGAC